AUGUUGACACAAUUUUCCAGCUUCCUUGCUCUGGCAGCAACUUUCACUGUCGUUCUUUCAAAUCCUGUACCUCAUCAUGCUAGCCAAGUUCCAGGUCCUAGUAAUGGCGCGGCAGUGAAAGCGAUAUAUUUUAUCACCAAUGAAGAGAGCAAUGCGGUCGUUGCAUUGCCAGUUUCUGGAGACGGGACUCUGUCUCAAGGUACCACCACUCUCACAGGCGGAGCAGGUUCCGUUGCUGUUGACGCAGAGGGGAAACCAGCUCUCCCGGAUGCGCUUGUUGGUCAGUCAGCUCUUACUAUUGCUGGCAACAAUAUCUUCGCAGUGAAUGCGGGAAGCAAUACAUUGUCGAUGCUGUCAAUAGACCCACGUGACCCUACGAAACUUGUGAUGGUCGGCCAGCCCGUCUCGAUCCCUGGCGAGUUUCCGAACACAGUGGCAGCUUCUGCAAGUAACAAACUGGCAUGCGUUGGAACUACCGGAGCGAAAAAUGGAGUAUCAUGCUCAACUUUUUCUAAGAGUGGCCUUAAAGCGAUGGAUGGGUUGCGAUCGUUUGAUCUCAAGCAAACAACUCCCCCAGUGGGCCCAACGAACACCGUCUCGCAGUUGUUUUUUUCUGAUGACGAAGCACGCUUGUUUGCAACAGUGAAGGGCGACCCAGCAGUCAACAAUACUGGCUUCUUCUCCGUCUUCCCCAUUGAAAGAAACUCGUGUCAAGGCGAAGCCUCCCUUGCUUCCAAGGAUAUAAGGAGCUCCCCAGACGGCACAGCAGUUCUCUUCGGUUCGGCCAUUAUCCCAGGAUCGUCGUCGGUAUUUGCCACAGAUGCUUCAUUUGGCGGGGCUGUCCUCUCUGUUGAUCAGAGCAGCAACAAGGCCACACUUGUCGCGAAGCAGGCAAUUGACAACCAGAAGGCAACCUGUUGGGCUACCGUUUCCGCGAAAACAGGCAGUGCGUUUGUGACCGAUGUCGGCGUGAAUCAGGUUGUUGAAAUGAGCUUGGCGGAUGCCAGCAUCCUCUCGAGGGUUGACCUCUCAGCCAACGGCGACCCCGGGCUCAUUGACUUACGAGCCGGGGGGGAUUUCAUCUACGCAUUGUCUCCUGGAAACGGUACCACUGCACCAGCUAUCACCGUGCUGGACGUAUCUAAAGGACAAGGGUCAGCGACAAUGCUCCAACACUUUAAUCCCGACGGACUUGGUGUUAGCAGCAAAGCUAUGGGGAUGGCAGUGUUCUAA